CGACGGCUUCCGGGGUGGCGGCGGCGGCGGAGCGUGCGCGAGCGGCGUGGCUGGCUAGCGGGGGCUGUAGCAGGCUGUUGCGGUGUGCGGGCUACAGCCCCAAUCCGCUGGACCAUAGCCUGGCAUGGCACCUCAUGACAGCCCUGCAGGCUGCCAACGUCCUGCCGACACCGGGCGCCGCAGCUUCCUCGGACGCCGGCGCCGCCUCCUCGGCCCUGUCGCAUGCCGAGCAAGCCGCCUACGACGCCGAGAUGCUGGGCACCACGCUGGAGUUCAUCUCGCAGCUGCAGCUGGCGGGCGGGCUGUGCGAGUGGGCGCUGUUCGUGGCCCUCACGCUUCCCGACCUGCCCUCGGCGGGGGGCGCGGCGGUGCGGCGGCGGGUGGUGCGGGAGCUGCUGGCGCUCACCGCACCCGAGUGGAUGGGGGACAGCGCUCGCGAGGCCUUCCUCACCUCCACCCUGCAGCUCCCGGAGCCCCUGCUGGCGGAGGCGCGGGCAACAUGGGCGCAAUACACACGCGAUGACGCCGCACGUUGCGCCGCGCUGUUGGCUGCGGGCACCGCCGCCGCCGCCCACGACGUCUUCGCCGCCUCCGUGGCUCCCGGCCUCUUCCUAGCAGGCGCAUGGACC